AUGGCACGUAUUCGUUUUCUCAGAGCUUUAAGAUUACUGUGGGUGGAAUACUGUCAAGAAAAUUCCAUCACUACCAUGAAGUACUUGACAAUGAGCAAUCAAGGACUGAUGGAUCGAGGAUGGUGGGGCGGCGCUAAGACCGGAUUUAAACUGUUCGUUCAUGCACCAGACGAAGCACCCUCACUCGAUCAAUUCUAUUAUGGUCUUUCCUUGCGUGAUAGCAUUUCGAUGAUGAUUAAACCAAAAGUUACGGCUACAUCACAAUCGCUUCGAUCGCAACCGUACCAAGAUCGGCAGUGUUUGUUCGAAAACGAACGAUACCUACGGUUCUUCCGGAUCUACAACCAGCAUAACUGCAUCCAGGAGUGUAUGGUUAACUUCACCUACGAUUUGUGUGGAUGCGUUAAAUUUUCCAUGCCAAGAAGCGCGGACAUGCGAGAGUGCGCCCCCAGCGAAAUCAGCUGCUACUCUGGAGCCUAUAUCAAAAUGUAUUCCCAGCAAAUAGGAAAAAAUACUAGCAAUCCGUGUGGUUGUUUGCCAGCCUGCGCAUCACUGUCCUAUGAUGUAGAAAUUUCCAAUAGGCCAGUGGAUUUAGAGUCAGUUUUUAGAUCUGCCGGGGAAGAUUACGCUAAGUUUUUGUCGGAAUUUGUUUUGUCUCAACUUUCAAUCAGCAUUAAGGAAAAAUGGAUACUGCCAAUGGUUCGUCAGGAAUUGAUGGGCGUUGGUGAUUUGGCGGGUACUUUGGGAGGUUUGUUUGGACUCAUGAUUGGAGCCAGUGCUCUGAGUCUUUUGGAAAUCGUUUACUUUUGCUUGAUCCGACCCUUUAGAAAGGAAAAACCUGCUCCUAGAGUGCGGCAUGUGAUACCGUGGCGGAAUCCGUAUCGAUAA